GCGUGACCAUCAGCGCUCGUCUCUGAAACGGACACCACGAACAGAAUUGUCUUGCCUUUAUAGUCCUUCUAUACUCGUAAGGCACCAGCAGAGGAGCAUCUGGGUACUGUAGUUCCGAAAAGGAAUUGCGGACACCUUGAAUUUGGCCCCUAUAUCAAGCUGCCGAAUGUCAACACCAGUGCAAGAAGGCGAUCCCCCAACUGCGGAGGCAAAGGCUGCGGGGGAUCAGAAAGAGCAGAAAAAUGCUGUAGCCUCCCAAUCGAAGAUAGAGAAUGAUUCCCCACCAACGGAGGCGAAGAACGCGGGGAAUCAAAAAGAACCGAAGAAUGCCGCAGCCUCCAAACCGAAGGAAAAUCGUGAUCCCCCAUCUGGGGAGGCAAAGGCUGCAGGGGAUCAGAAAGAGCAGAAGAAUGCCGCAGCCUCCCAACCGAAGCAGAACCAUCGUCAUCGUCGUCGUUCCAACACAAAAGGUGAGGCAGACGGUGGUGAUACAUCACGUAGCGGAAGUCGAACAAAUAGUCAGUCCGGAAAUAAAGAAAAGCCACGACGUAAGGACUGGACAGAAAGGAAGAGUCAAAGUCAGAGUGCCAAAGGCGAUGGGGAGAAUAAGAACGCUCAAGGCAAGGAUAAAGACGGUGCCUCGAAGCGGACAAGAAGUUCCAAUUCGAAUGGAAAACGCCGUGAGCGAGAGUCGACCCGUACCAGUUCUAUGGCAAGUAAUGGAGAAGGUUUUGAUUACAGUGAUGAGUACGAACUUGAUGAACCAUUCAGUGAUUCUGACGACGACAUUCGACCUAAGCAGCCUCAGAAACUUAGCCUUAUUAUUCCUCGGGGUAGAAUCAGAACUUUGUCUGGUACCGUGCCAGUCGUCGGCUACUCUCCAAAAUGGGGUGGUCCAACCAUGUGCCUGAGCUGCUUGCAGUUCUUUGACUUGCCCGAGCAAAUGGAGCCCUUUGAAGAGCAUCUUUUGAAAGAGCACAAGAUUGUUGUGUCGGAGAUGGGCCUCAUUGUCGAUCCUAAGAGGUACAUCGAGCAUUGGCGCCAACGCUUCGCCAAGGAAAGUGUCGACAAAGUGUUUCCACGUGUGGAGCCAAAAGAAGGCGAUAAAUAUUUUGGGGAAACUGACUACUAUUACAACAUGUCUGAGCUGCUACCCGAAGAUUACUCUCUUCGUCAGCGUCUCGCAAUGCGUCGUCUUGAAGAAGCGCUUUCAUGUCAGCAGCGUGAGCGUGAGGACAGCAAUUUCCAGCAGCAAUGCAUUUUCUGUCGUUACACGGCGCGUGGAAACCGAUCGAAAAUCAUCCAUCAUCUUUACAUGAUUCAUCAUUUGAACCUGGGAUCGCCCGACAAUCUUGUCUUUGUAACGGAAUACAUCGAACAUCUCAAAGACAAGUUGACGAGAAAUGAAUGUAUAUAUUGUGAAAAAACCUUCGGAGAUCGUAAUGUUCUCAUGGAUCACAUGCGUAAGAGAAAUCAUAGAGAGGUGAAUCCUAAGAACCACUACUAUGACAAGUUCUAUAUCAUCAACUACCUCGAACUUGGGAAACGCUGGCUUGAUGUUUUGGCAGAAGACUUUGAGGACACAAUGCCGACGUUCCAGGACUCGGAUGAGGAAGAAGAGGACAACUCAUGGUGCGAGUGGCAGGAAGACAAUGUGGACGUAGAUGAAACUCGUGUGGUUUGCCUUCUAUGUAACGAAAGCGAUGAGACUUGCGAAGGCCUUUUAUCGCACAUGAAGGAUAAGCACGAGUUCGAUCUAAUCAAGCUUAUCGAUGACAAUCACCUCGACGUUUACCAACGCAUGAAGUUCAUCAACUACAUCAGAAAGCAGAACUUCAAUGCUAUUUGCUUCAUGUGUCAACGCAAUGAUCUUGGAAACACACAAGAGCUCGCAAAACAUCUGCAGGAAGUUGAAAAACCUAUUACGAAACUUCCCGAUAGUAAGGUGUGGGACACAGAAGAGACGCUUGUUCCCAUUUUCGGAAAUGAUCACCUCUUAUGGAGACUAGAAUCGUUGUUGGAAAGCCGCGAUGGUGCCAGUGAUGCCGAAGAAGCUUCCCGUCGUGAGAACGAUAAGAAUGUUUAUCGAUCUGAUGUUGUUGUUGUCAAUCCAAUGCUGGCCUCCUGCCAGCCGAGAAAGGCAUCGUUGCGAAGGUCUGAUGUCAAGGCAUAG